AUGCGGCAGUUUAAGAGUCUCUCUCCGAGAGGCCGCGUCGCUGCUGUCGCAGGCGGGUUUGUCGCCCUCAUCGUGCUUCUGCACGUCCUCUUCCCAAGCUCGCUUUCCACGACACGGCGAUGGACGACCGCCUCGUCAUCCGUCCUCCGCUCGACCUUCCUGAGGGGCAAGGCGAACGCACCCCAUCCUCCGAUCCAGCAUCCAAUUCCUAAGCUGAUGGCCGACGCCCAGGAGGCGUUUGAACGCAAGGUCAAGAGUCAGUCGAAGACCCUCCGCGAGGCCGUGGCCGAGUACCGCCGCCGAUACAAGCGCGACCCGCCCAAAGGAUUCGACGACUGGUGGGAGUUUGCCAAGGAGCACAAGGCUAUCAUGGUCGAUGAGUAUGACCAGUUAGUCAACGACCUCGAGCCCUUUUGGCGCUUCACCGGUGCCGAGAUCAGGCAGCGUUGCAUUGAUGUCGGUUACCUUCCUUCCGUCGACUUGGUGCGCAUUGAGAAUGGCACGACCCGACUCAUCGAUGUCUCAAAGGGUUUCGUCGAUUCAGAGGUCGGCGCUCGCGCUGUUGGUUUUAGCACGAUGCUCGCAAAGUUCCAGAACAAGUUGCCGAACAUGGACUUCCCCAUCAAUGAGAAGGCCGAGGGUCGUAUUCUUGUUCCGUGGGAGGAGCAGCGAUAUCACAACUUGACUGCCGACACUUCCAAAGGAAUCAAGCACGUUCUCGGAGGUGACUUCAUCCCCGACUGGCGCGCCGACGGCAGCGUUUGGGAAGCAUACCGCAGGACCUGCGACCCUACGUCCCAGGCUCGACGACUCUUUAGCUCGCUGCACGCCCAUUUGAAGGAGAGCCAAGUUCCUAUUUCGCGUCUAGCUAAGGCUGGCGUAUCCACAGAUGUUGUGGACGACGACUUCAUUUUCGCCAAGGAUGUCGACGACAAGUUUGACUUUUGCGACCGCCCAUGGGCUCACUACAAUCAAGGUCACUUCUUUUCUGACUGGCGCACUAUCCACGCUCUUUAUCCAAUGUUCUCGCCCGCCAAGGGAUCAGGGUUCGGCGACAUCUUGAUUCCCAGUCAUUAUUACUACUUCCCGACGAAGCUGUACGCUUACGGUUGGUGGUGGUUACACGAGCCCAAGGACGUCGAUGACAUGGAAGUGCCCUGGGAAGAAAAGUCUGACGACAUCUUUUGGCGCGGUGCAACUACCGGAGGUGGUUCUUCGCCCCCGGGCUACCUCCCUCAGUACCAGCGCCAUCGCCUGAUCAAGAUGGCAUCGGACCAUUCCAACACCAACAAGACAAUCGUUUUCGCGGACCCGCCCGGCACCGACAACUUCAUUUCGGCUCCCGUUCCCCUCGCUGAACUUAACAAAGAGAUUAUGGACGUGGCGUUCACCAGGGCUGUCGGAUGCGUGCAGUACCCUGGCGGCUGCGACCGCAUGCGCAAGGAUCACCGCUUCGCCGACGCCGUUCCACUGGGUGAGAACUGGAGCCACAAGUACCUAAUCGACCUUGAUGGCAUGGGCUACUCUGCUCGUUUCCCUGCCCUACUCAAGUCAAAGAGCGCCGUCAUGAAGACAACAGUCUACACCGAGUACAUGUCCGAGUGGAUCCAGCCGUGGCUUCACUACAUCCCGGUGUCCCAAGCGUACAAUGAGAUUUACAACAUCUACGCCUACUUCUCUGGCGCCACGCCGUCCAUGCUGAACGCGGCGAAUGCCACAAGAGAUCAGUUCCAGUCGGCGGGACACCACACCCACAAGCUCGACACUGACGCUGAGCUUCGCAAGAUUGCCGAAGCCGGUCGCGAAUGGAUGUUUAAAAUCGGCCGCAAACUCGACAUGGAGAUCUAUCUCUACAGGCUCUGCCUUGAGUGGGCUCGUCUUAAUGCCGACGACCGUGAGGCCAUGAGUUACAAGGGCUAA